AUGAAUUCGACAAAUACGUCAGCCACACUUGAUGCUUCAAAAUGCCACUUUGUCGAACCCGUCAAACGGAUUUUUGAUUCCGAAGGCGUUCAAGAAUUUCAGCAUUCCGCUGCGAUGCAGCGUUUACAACAAUACUUGGCCAAAUACGUGAGGCUUGUGAAUGGAGUUGAUAUACCCGAUGGGUCUAACAAUGGUGUGGUCAACAGAUUCGUGGAAAUUCUUCUCAAUUUGAGCAUUAAAAUAGACGAAGUGCCUCCUUUACCGGGUCCGAGAAGAUACGGGAAUAUGGCCUGCAGGGACUGGCAUGAUAAAGUACGAGAUUCAUUGGACGGAAUGUUGCUACAGUUCGUUGGCCAAGAAUUCGAAUCGUGUGUCGUGGAGCUUAGGUACUACGUGUUGAAUUCUCUCGGUUCCCAAGAGCGACUUGACUACGGUACUGGCCACGAACUGUCAUUUCUGGCCGCUGUGGCAGCCAUUGACAUGUUGGGCAUCUGGGGGCAACAUUUUAGUGGCCAAGACGUUCUCUUUAUUUUCAAUGCGUAUUACGUUCUCAUUCGAAAGCUUAUCGCGACCUACACGCUCGAACCGGCCGGCUCGCAUGGCGUAUGGGGUUUAGAUGACCAUUUCCAUUUCAUUUACAUUCUAGGAAGUUCUCAGUGGGCCAACAACAAGAGAGCUCCCAUGAUGCCACAAGAUGUGACAGAUAAAUCUAUUGUUGAAGAGUAUGCUUCUGUGAAUUUUUACUGCCAGGCUGUUAACUUUGUCUACACGGUCAAAUCAGGCCCCUUUGCGGAGCAUUCUCCGAUGCUCUACGAUAUUUCAAAGACAGUUUCUUCGUGGUCCAAGGCGUUGAAGGGUCUCCAAAAAAUGUACUCUGUCGAAGUAUUGAAGAAGUUCCCUGUUGUGCAGCAUUUCUGGUUCGGGGAUGGGUUUUUUCCCUGGGUAAGUGCAUCUGAUGGUUCAAGACUCGCAGUUUUCGAACCCCCACCGGAAACCGGAGGCGUUGCAGCUCGAAGAACCUUUAAUUCGAACGGAUCCUUGAGCACUGUUUACUCACAUGCAAUGGCACCACCAGUAUCUCGAAACGUAAGUCGCUUUAUCGCUCCUGAUAGGUUCAGGCGACCUCAAUCUCAUUGA